AUGGCAACAAGUAUAUUGUCCAUGCAAGAUACACUACCUGAUGAUAUCCAAGCCGCAGUAGCUCCUGUUUGCAUAUCUACUGUUCCGGAUCUGGAAUUGAAGUCGUAUUAUAAAGACCAGAACUACGAAUGGGUCACAGUAGCCUUCAAGGGCGCGGUUUCGUUUUCUCCCCAAGAGCAAAUUGUAUCACAACGGGAACGACGAGCAGAAUUUCAACAAUCCCGAGUUGGAUCAUAUAGCGGUGGCACUUUGGAAAGUGCGUUGAAUGAAAGCCGUGUAAUGGAAUUCUCCUGGGACCGAUGGGCGAUCCAAAAUGGGAAUCCUAUCGGUGCUACUCACGACGCGAAGAAGACCCAUAUGGAUGCCAAGCCUGCAAAUGUUGUUCUCGACGAUGAAGGCAAUGCAGUCCUUAUUGAUAUCAGUUCAGUGGACGAGAUAUCACUCUUCGACCUUCCAUUCGAGACACGACAGUCAAAAGAUACCUGGGCCUAUGGCAAGCUUUUGAAGGAGAUUGGGUCGGAAGCCGGGAACGGCCCUAUUGUGAAAACUGUAGUGGGUUGCGGAUUAGUUAGUUGA